UCCUUAAUUUCCUUUCUUCCUGCGCACGCUUUCUCUCGCAUGCCUCCGACCCUCCUCGCGAUGUGACGAGGAGGACCAGAAGGAUUCAAAGUUAGAUCGCUCGGCAGAUUUCGUCUUCCCUUCGGUUCCGAUGCCGAUCGCCGAUCCGCUGAGUCCCAUAUCGAUGCGAACCGCUACCAUCUCGUCUGCUCCCGCGCCGACACGUUCGGCUGCUCUCCUCGCUCCUGGCUUCCGGUUCCAUCCGACCGACGAGGAGCUCGUCAGCUACUACCUCAGACGGAGGGUCUGCCGUCGGGCCCUACGCGUGGAUGCCAUCGCUGAAGUGGAUCUUUACAAAUGCGAGCCGUGGGAGCUCCCCGGCCUCUCCCGCCUCCGCAGCCGCGACCUCGAGUGGUACUUCUUCAGCCCGCUCGACCGCAAGUACUCCAGCCGGUCCCGAACCAAUCGGGCCACCGCUCAGGGGUACUGGAAGACCACCGGGAAGGACCGCGCCGUCUCACGUGGCGCGCGCGUCGUCGGCAUGAAGAAGACCCUCGUUUACCACUCCGGACGCGCCCCACGCGGCACCAGAACUAACUGGGUCAUGCACGAGUACCGCCUCGAUGAUGCCGAGCUCGCGCAGUCAGAGGUUCCGCAGGAUUCGUAUGUUGUGUGCCGGGUCUUCCAAAAAAGCGGCGCUGGUCCACAGAAUGGGGCUCAAUAUGGUGCGCCGUUCGUUGAGGAGGAUUGGGAAGUGGAAGAGGCUAAUGGAUUGGUCCUGAUGUUGGAUGUUGGGGAUGAUGAUGCCAUUGAUGUUCAUGAUCAGAACUACUUGGAAUACAAUGAUCUUCUUCAGGGACAGGAAACGCUUAUCCAACAAGAUACUGCUGUUCUGCAUACUAAUGGGCAAGGAAGUGACAAUGGCCAAGAAGAUCCUACAAUUCUUCUGGAUGAGAUUCUCAAAGAUCAAAGUUUCAUGGAAGAUGUGUUUGCCUGCCUCGAUCAAACCAAUUUGCCAGGUGAUCCAACAGACAUAGAUGAUUCCAGAGAACAAAUUCUCUUGAGAGAUUUAUCUCAUAAUGCUCCAAGCCAAAGUGAUGAAUAUGUUGAGCUUAAUGACUUAGAGAACGAUGCAAAUAAAAACUGGAAUUUCAAUGAAGGCUAUGCAAGUUUUGCUCCCAAUUUUGUUGCUGGAGAUGAUGAGAAUAGCAAGUUAUAUAAAGGGAUCGAAACUGAGUUUCUUGUGUCCCCUGACCAAUGCUCUGAUCACCAUAAAAUGUUUCAAAAUGUGCAAGUGGAAGAUGACCUCAACUUCUUUGCUAAGGAAUGUGAUAUUGGCGAACAAGACCAAGACUUAAUUUUCUAUGAUGCUUUCUUUCCAUCCAAGGCUGAAUCAUCAAGUUUUGAAUUUACUGAUGACAUAGAUAAAUUCUUUGAUGCGAUGGAUAAUGAUUUACCAUGUGAUUGCAUUGGAGUUUCAGAACAUUCUGAAAAUCUCUCCAGUUUAAGCCAAGCUAAUAUUAAGGUUGAAGGUGGCAAAAGUCUCACAAAUAAGGGAAUUACAGAGUUGGCACUCACAAAUGUUGGAGCUGAUACAUUAUCGACUUUACCUGUAUCUGAUUAUGGAUUCAAGAACAAAUAUGAAGAUAUUCCAGCUGCUGUACCAGAUAUGACAGCGAGCAAGGAGAGUAACAACACAAUAAGAAGUCGACUAAUCAACAUGCUGGGAUCAAUAAGCGGCCCCCCAGCAUUAGCAGCAGAGUCUCAUGCUAGUAUCGGAAAAUAUGUUGGGCAGAUUUCUGGAACCUACCAAGCUAAUGAGUUCUAUAUCUCACCUGCCUUGAUCCAUUUACAGGGCACCUCGCGGGAGAAAGGAAAUGCAGGUUUGCUCCUUUACAGCCUUCCGGAUAAUAAUGCUAGUGGUAAACUUUCAGGUUUCAGGCCAGUCAGAAAAAUACAAGACUUGGUUGUUUCAUUGCUGCUUCAAGGUAGCUGCUAUCCUUUGUUCCUGUCAGCAUUGGUUCUCACCGUAAGCUAUAAAGUGGGGAUGUUUAUUUAUGACAAUAAUUAGGUCUAUAUAUAUCUCGAAAAAAUAAAGACACAUUUUGGAUCUGUCAGGAAAAUUGGAGAACCUAAAACCUCUUAUGGAUCUUGUAUCAAGUGGCAUGACUUGCUACUGUAGUUAGUAAUAAUGCACAUUUUGUGCAAAAACAUAGCUUUGUCUGGAUUGUUCUCUUUUUUCUUCCUGGCAGUAAAACCUGGAAAGACAGUUUCAUUUGAA